AUGAUGGUCCCUAGGGCUUUUCUCUUUAGCUCGGUGUCUUCUCCGAUGCCCUCUCAACGAAAUGGGAAGCAGAGUACCCAACAUUCGAAAAGGUCGAUCGAUAUCGUCUCGAUACAGGACGAUUCAGCACUCCAACUACCCUCCGAAAAGAUGUCACAGACGAUGCACACCAGCCCGGUGGUGAUUCCUCCUAAGCGCAGCCCACGGGUAACAUCGCCACACAGGGAGCCUGUACGAAAAGGUUACAAAACAUCGAGGAGAGGCGGAGUCACAUCCCGGGCAUCGUCACCCCCUCAGGGGGACCACCGCCCCAUCCCCUCAUCCAUUGCAUCGAUCCUGGAGGCCACCGCAAUCCCCGUUCCACGACGAAACUGGACCGUUCGCGAGUCGCGCAAGCUUCCCCGUGGGAACCAUGUGCACGAUUUUAGCAAGCUGUUGAUGGAUGGGGUUGAUGAUCAGGUGCUGGAAAGCACGGGGAAUACUGCUCUUGAUAUCCUCCUCAGUCCUCCUGAUGACGGGGAGAGAUCUGCUAUCACAAGCGAUUGUGACAGUGAGACACUGUCAUUCUCUGCUCGUUCCAUGUCUAUCAGCUCGAUACCUUCCCUAGACAACGACUUAGAUACGCCAUCUAGCCUUCCCUUGCCGUAUACUCCAUCAAGCCAACGAAGUCCAUCUGAAAGGAUAUUACGGCGCCCGUCACAUCCCGAGAGCUGCGGUUUGGAUCAUCCACUCCUGGAGGUCGAAUCGUCAGACUCUGAAGAUGGACAUACAAUUACUAGCCAAAGAUCGUCCCCGUUAAACUCAAAACCACCUAAAUCCCGUAUCUCUUCGCGAUCGUUCCCCCGUUUGGGGUCUUUCAAAUCAAACUUGACGGCGUCGUUGCGUGCGAUUAAAUCGGCGGCUCAAACGGUAUCUACCUUUGCAUCACCUUCAGUGCAACCCGAUGAUUUCCUCACGCGAUCGUUGUUCACUAUCACGCCUGAAAUGACAGACGACCGUAGGCCACCUCCGAUGAAUGAGCCACCCUCUCCAGCUCUCCGGCGAUAUCUGAAUCCGAUUAUGGUUUCGCCAGCGGAAAUGUACUCGUAUCAGGAUCAACCGCAUGAGUCCCUUGACACGCGCAACAGUCCCAUCUCUGUUCAAAUGCAGACAUACAAUCGUUCGGGUAAACGCGGCUUUCGGAGAGGCAGCUUCCAAUUCUCUGGCUCCAAAGGCCGCAGUCGACAGUUUUUGCCCUUUGAUCCAGAAAUGCCGGCUAUUUCGCGGCAACGAGAGCCUCGGGAAAAUAGCGACUUUCUGCGCAUGGUGGCCCUCGAGAUGAAUAUGAGACGCAAGGGCAAACUUCGCGACGACCUUCCUACACGAGCUAAAGUCUGGCUACCUCCUCGUAAAGGUAGCCAAACUCGAGUCCCUCCUUACGAUUACGAAGAAGACGAUGAAGAAGCCGCAAUUCCAUCCCGAUGGGUUGGUAUUUCUGCGGAGUCUUUUUAA